UAAAAACAUAGUAAUGAACUCUACGAGACCUACGUUGCUUUAAAUUCAGGCUAUUAGUUAUGAAUUGAAAUAGUUUGUUUGUGAAUGAAAAAUGCAUUCACAAAAUGAAAAAUGGAUCCGCAACUAGGAAUCCUUUUGAAAGAGCAACGGCAACUGAAGGCAACAGAAGGCACCUUGAAAUCGAUGAUAGAGAAAAUCAACCAUCAACUGAAUCAAUUGCUAGUUGAAGAGCUGCAACUGAAGUCGCGGGACGUUCAGUUGACCGUGGACAAGCAACAAACAACGAACGCACCAGCUCCCGAGAAUGCUACCUCAUCCAACGUUUCCGAAAUCAAUCGGCAAGAGCUCAAUCUCGAAAUUAAGGGUCAGACGUUGAUGAAAUCACUAGAGGAGUCCGAGGACGAGUUGUAGUACGAGGUCAUCAAAAACCAAUGCGACGGAAGCGCCGGUCCGGGUAUCACAACAAAUGCACACAACGCAGGGUAGUUUAUACUUGCGCUAAAUAAACAGGUUUACUUAUUAAAUUA